AUGGCCGACGACGCAGAGCUCGCUUUCCUUCGAUCGCAGGAGCAGGAGUAUGACCCUGCUGCAGCCUGGCCUGCAGCUGACGACGAGAUGCCUGCCGACGACGCAACUGGUGAAGAAGAAUACGACCCUACCCAGAACAUGGAUGUCGCACAAGAGCCCGUUCAGCCCGAGCAAUCGGCGUCAAUGCCGCAGUCGGCUGCGAACUCUCCUUCCUUGGCCGACAACCAGGGUGAGGACGCCGUGAAACCCGUCUCUACGGAGACAUCUGCUGCGCCCACACCAGCGAAGCAGCCGCGCACCAUUGGAGGGUUUGUCGACGAGAGCGAGGACGAGGACGAGGAGCCUGUUGCGGCGCCAAAGGUGGCAGCCCCUGCGUUACUGCGCGCCUCUGAGACUGCAGAGACUCCGCAGCGUUCAAUUACAAACACUCCAAACAAUACACUUCCCACACCAGAUGUACAGUUACAUAGUGCACAAGAUCAGGGUGCUUCAUCCAUCUCUGCUUCUGUCGCUGUCAAUGAGCUUGCUCCCUCUAUUGCUUCUGUUCCAGUCAAUGGCACAACGCCUGUUCCAGACGCUACUAAGCCAGCAGAUCUUCUGACUACCGACCCUGCUCGCCAGGUUACCGCUUCCGUAACGCCCGCUCCUCCUUCUGCUUCUCUCCCCAAGGCCCGUCUGCCUCAGGAUCGCAUUGGUAUUCUCAACGACCGCAUUCAAGAGGAUCCCCGUGGUGACAUCGAAGCAUGGUUGAGUCUAAUUGAGGAGCAACGUAAGCGACACAAGCACGAUGAGGCACGCGAGGUUUUCAACCGUUUCCUAGACCAAUUCCCAACUGCAGGCGAGAUAUGGGUCGAAUACAUCAAUUUCGAGACAGAGCUAGACGAACUUGCAAGGGUGGAGCAGUUGUUUGGCAGAGCUGUACCGAAAGGUGCCUACGUUCCCGUGUUCUCAUGCUACAUCGAUUUUGUUCGUCGCCGCUUCAAUCUCACAAACGAUGCUACCGGCAAAAGCCGAGAAACAAUCAUCAUGGCAUACGAGUUUGUGCUUGACCAAGUGGGUAUUGACAUUAACGCCGGUAAGCUUUGGAUCGACUAUAUUGAAUUGCAAAAGACUGCUCCUGGUGUACUUGGCGGCACAAAUUGGCAAGACAUGCAGAAGAUGGACACUUUGCGAAAACUAUAUCAACGGGCAGUGUCAAUUCCUACUGGUGCAACUCUGGAGAUCUGGCGUGAUUACGAUCGGUUCGAAAUGGGCCUCAACAAAGUCACGGGCCGGAAGAACCUCCAGGAGAAGUCCCCAUCCUACAUGACCGCACGAAGUGCCAUCAAUGUAUUGGAUAACAACAUCACACGCGGCAUCAACAAGACAACAUUACCAAGGUUGCCGCCAGCACCCGGAUUCGACGGCUACGAUGAGUACAUGAACCAAGUCAAGCUAUGGAAGCAGUGGAUACAGUGGGAGAAGAGUGAUCCGCUUGAGUGCGCAAUCGAUGAUCGUGCCCUGUACAACAAGCGUGUGUUGCACAUCUACAGGAAUGCCCUAAGGCCACUUCGCUUCUGGCCAGAGCUUUGGUAUGACGCGGCUGAAUGGUGUUUUGAGAACGGUCUGCAAACGGAUGGCGACAAAUUCUUGGAUGAUGGCAUUGAGGCCAACCCCGAGAGUUGCCUGUUGGCCUUCAAGAAAGGAAACCAAAUUGAACUCAGCACUGACUUUGAAGACGGCCAGGCAGGUAUCAUUGCUAAGGGAAACGCUGUCAAGAAGCCUUACAGCACGCUACUGGAUACCCUCUAUGAUCUCACUGCGAAAACGAAGAAGCGUGAGGAGCAUUCCGUUGCUCGCGCCAAGGAAGCUUUUGAAGCUCAAAAAGCUGCCGAUGAUGCCGCCCGGGCUAUUGCACAAAACACAGAGGACGGCGAUGAGGACGAUGAGGCGAAAGCCACAAGGCGAGCACAAGAGAAGGAGGCCGCCUUCAACGCGCAGGUGCACGCCAUCUCAGCAGGAUACAACGCACAGAUCCUUACGCUUAAGAAGACCUUGACAUUUGCGUGGAUUGCACUGAUGCAAGCAACCAGGCGCGUGCAAGGCAAGGGUGGGAACAAUGCCGAUGUGCCUGGCUUCCGUGGUAUCUUUACAGAAGCGCGCAGAAAGGGCAAACUGCUCAGUGAAGCAUAUGUUGCCAGCGCACAAAUCGAACACCACUGUUACCAAGAUCCAGCUGCAGGAAAGAUCUUCGAGCGCGGCAUGAAGCUGUUUCCUGAGGACGAGCAGUUUGCGUUGGAAUACAUCAAGCACCUCAUCAAGCUGAAUGACUCAACCAAUGCACGAGCCGUGUUCGAGACCAUCGUAGGCAAGCUGACGGCAAAGCCCGAGAACAUCGCCAGGACGAAGCCCUUGUUCUUGUUUUUCCAUGAGUAUGAAGCGCACUUCGGCGAGCUGGCCCAGAUCACAAAGAUGGAGCAGCGUAUGGCCACACUCUUCCCUGAGGAUCCACAGCUGCAGCGCUUCUCUCGUCGGUUCGCAAGCCCAACAUUCGACCCAACGAACGUGCGCCCGAUCAUCUCGCCAAGGACGCAAAUGAUGCCUGUGAUGCCGGCAAUGCCCAACAUCAUGCCUUCUGUUGAGGAAGCUAUGCCCAACGCACCACCCCAGGUUCAAGCACAAGAGCAGCGGAUGGCAUCACCUGCACAGAACAUUCUCAACUCCCCACGUCUCGCACAUCUGCCCAUUGUCACCAACUCACCCAAACGUCCUCUCGAAGACGGUGAUGAGAGCGCACAACCCCGCAAACUCGCACGUGGCGAGUCACCGCUCAAGGGCGCUGCAGGUCGUCGUCUCGAUGCAGCACGACGUAACAUGGCUGCCAACGGUAACACACCUAUCGGUUUACCUCAUGGUCCUACCCCUCUCCCCCGCGAGAUUAACUUUCUACUCGGCAUCAUACCGCCUGCGCACACAUACCGCGAGACUCGUUUCAAGCCAGAAGUUAUGGUGAACAUGUUGCGAAACAUUGCAGCCAUCCCGAUACCGACUCUUCCUGCACAUGCGCAGGUGCCGCCUCAGCGUUGGGGUACUACUGCGACGACGGCGCAACAACUGCAGAGCAUACAGGAGAAGUAUGGCAAUCCAGGGCAUGCUUGGCCGCAAUAG